AUGCCCCUCCACGUCCAAAAGUCAACUAUGGACAUUUAUGCAGAUGACACCACCUUAUCGUUGAGUUCAAACUGGAAAACCCUGCCAUUACUAAAUCAAUCUUUGUCACAGGACUUAAGUGAAGUAGAGAGAUGGGCUAGAGAGAACAAAAUGUAUAUGAAAAUGCAAAAAACUAAAGCUUUGUUGGUAACGGGGAAACGCCUACGAAAGCGCAUGGUCCAACAUACAGGAAAACUGGGAGUAAAAACGGAUAACGCAGAAAUUGAACAAGUCGCAAACCAUAAACUUCUUGGUAUGAUCACUGAUGAAGAUCUAACUUACGAAGUGCAUGUCGAUAAACUCUGCAGCAAACGUUAGAAGUGACUCGGCCUUUUAUGCCAUAUUAGCCCCUACUUAAAGAAAAACCAGAGGAUAAUCUAUUUUAACGCAGUAAUUAAACCUCUUAUGAUGUAUCCAAGCACAGUAUGGACUUCGUACAACAAAGAGGUACUUGAGAGAAUUCUCCGUAUGCAGAAACGGGCCGCACGUAUUAUUCUUGAAGCACAACGCACAAGUCGAACAGUAACAUUACUUAGCAACCUAAGCUGGAUCCCCUUUUAUAAUGAAGCGCAUAUUAAACGUUGUGAACUGGCCUUUAAAAGGAUAAAUGGUAGUCAGUUACCCGACUAUUUAAGCGCAUCUCUAAGAAAAAACUCCGAUGUUCACUCAAGAAACACGAGAAAUUGUAAUGCGAACUUAUUAUGCCCUCAUCACAGGAACAUCUCGGAGGGAGGACGCGCUUUUGCUGUAAGAACUGUAAAGGACUGGAACAAUCUACCCCGAUCACUAAAAACAAAGAAGUCUGAAAUCCUUUAA